GAAGCUGUCCUUGCUUAGCUUAACGUUUGACUUCAGCCAAGUGAAUUUAUAGUUAGUAUACAGUAUGUGUUAGUAAACGCUCUUAGCUAACCUGACUGUGUAGACUACAAUAAUACACAGAGAAGACUGACUUUAUGAAACAGUUUGCAGUGGAGCAGGGCAAACACACACAGCUGCUGCUGAGCAGACGCCGGAGUUUCUGGACGUUUCAUUCAUAAAUAUGAUGGAGGAUUUCUCCGGUUUGGCUCUUCCUCCUCUGUUUGGAGGACACAUCCUGGAGGCAGAGCUGGAGCCUGGUGGCGUGGAGCUGGGACCAGGAGAGGUGGAGCUGGGCCCGGGAGGCGACGAGUUGCUGGAGAGUACAGCACAAGAGGACGAAGAUAGAAGGGCUCUUGAUAAGAGGAAAUAUCUGGCUCUGAGCAGGAGAUGUAAAGAAAUUGAACAGGUGAAUCAAAAGAUUCUUGGUCGCCUUCACCAAGUACAAAGAAUCACACGGCGCUUGAAGAAAGAAAGGCGGUUUCUCAUGAAGACUUUAGAUACUCAUGGAGAUGACUACAGAAAUGCCCAGCUCACUAUACUUCUAGAGGAUGAGCCUGGAGCCCAUUUAGAUCCUGCUGCUGGAGUGGAGGAUGACCGGCUUAACGGUGUGUCUGGUUCCUCUUCAUCUGCAGCGUUGCAUCACACUGCUGGACCAAAGAAGAGGAGGCACCGAAUUCCACGGCAAGACAAGGAUAAAGACCAACAGACUGAACCAGACAUGUCAGUAUUGGCAGAGACACAGUUUGGAGAAAUGCCCAGCCCGACAUCUCUGUCUCACUGAUCAUUGCACUGCCCUGGAUAUAGGAGCACCCAGUUUAUUUUACUGUUCAGUAGAUAUGCUGCCUCUGUUCAGCCAGCUUUUGCACUGUUUGUAGUUUUACUUGAACAUCAUGAACAGAUUGGAGUCAUGUAAGGUAAAAUGAGAUGCUAUCCACCUGGUACAUGUAUACAUUUGUUUUUUAUAUAUUAUUUUCUGUUUGUCAUAUUUUGUACUAAGACAAAUAAUUAUGACCAGUUGCAAACUAGUAGUAGAAAACUUUUGUUAUUAAUGGCUUUCAAAAUACAUUCCUGGAGACUAUCAAUGAUUUUAUGAUUUUAUCUCAGUAAGCAGUAAGAGUCAUGAUCAGUAUUAAAGUAUUACAGACUGCUAUUUGGUUAGGCUGUAUUAUUUUUAUUUUAUUUUAAAGUUUUUAAAUUAAUGUUUUUAACUUUUAAAAGUUUUAGAGUGCUUAGAAAGGGCUAGUGUGUGCAUUUUAUCAUGUUUACUGACUACUUUUAUUAGUGUUCACACGCAUCAACGAUUUAAGCUUUGAUUUAUCAUGUUUUUAUACAAUAGCUAAAACCGUUUCAGGCCGAACUAAAAAUAAUUUGUUUAAUUUGCCAAAAAAUUUUCUGAAAUGUCUGUCUUCCUCAAAGGAUGGAAUUUGCUCUUGUCAUGGAUGAAUGAGAAAAUCAAUAAAGUAAAACAUCUAUGAAAA